GACCUCUCCACCGACUCAGUGGUAGCUCUCUACACAAACCCUCCAACGCGCCUUAGUCGUGCCCUCUCCACGUUCGGGGUCAAGGAAUGCUCCAGACCUUGUAUGACUACUUCUGGUGGGAGCGGCUGUGGCUGCCUGUGAACUUAACCUGGGCUGAUCUAGAAGACCGAGAUGGACGCAUCUACGCCAAAGCCUCAGACCUCUACAUCACACUACCCCUGGCCUUGCUCUUCCUCAUCAUUCGACACUUCUUUGAGCUUUAUGUGGCCACACCACUGGCUGCCCUCCUGAAUGUAAAGGAGAAAACUCGGCUGCGGGCUCCUCCCAACCCCACCUUGGAGCAUUUUUACCUAACCAGUGGCAAGCAUCCUAAACAGGUGGAGGUAGAGCAGUUAUCCCGGCAGAGUGGGCUCUCUGGCCGCCAGGUAGAGCGAUGGUUCCGCCGCCGCCGCAACCAGGACCGGCCAAGUCUCCUCAAGAAGUUCCGAGAAGCCUGCUGGAGAUUCACAUUUUACCUGGUUGCUUUCAUUGCUGGCAUGGCUGUCAUUGUGGAUAAACCCUGGUUCUAUGACAUGAAGAAAGUUUGGGAGGGAUACCCCAUACAGAGCACCAUCCCUUCUCAGUACUGGUACUACAUGAUUGAGCUUUCUUUCUACUGGUCCCUGCUCUUCAGCAUCGCCUCUGACGUUAAGCGAAAGGAUUUCAAGGAGCAGAUCAUCCACCACGUGGCCACUAUCAUUCUCAUCAGCUUCUCCUGGUUUGCCAAUUACAUCCGAGCAGGGACUCUCAUCAUGGCUCUGCAUGACUCUUCCGACUACCUGCUAGAGUCAGCCAAGAUGUUUAACUAUGCGGGAUGGAAAAACACCUGCAACAACAUCUUCAUCGUCUUUGCCAUCGUCUUCAUCAUCACCCGACUGGUCAUCCUGCCGUUCUGGAUCCUGCACUGCACCGUGGUGUACCCGCUGGAGCUCUAUCCUGCCUUCUUUGGCUAUUACUUCUUUAACUCCAUGAUGGGAGUGCUACAGAUGCUGCACAUCUUCUGGGCCUACCUCAUUCUGCGCAUGGCCCACAAGUUUGUAACUGGAAAGCAGGUAGAAGAUGAGCGCAGUGACCGAGAAGAAACAGAGAGCUCCGAGGGGGAAGAGGCCGCGUUUGGGGGAGGAGCAAAGAGCCGGGCCCUAGCCAAUGGCCACCCCAUCCUCAUCAACAACCAUCGUAAGAACGACUGAACCACUGUCCCUGCCACCCCUCAGAUUAAUGUGUAAAGCCAAGGAACUGUCCCCUGCCCCCCAGUAGGGUCACUUUAAGUUCUGGAGAAAAAGGAGAACGCCAGAAGUGAGUUAUUCUCUUUGCCCCCACCCCCUGCUUGUCACCCAGUUGCCUUUAAACCAAAUCCUGACCGACCAAUCCCCAUGUCUCCACCUGGGGGAGGGUUAGUGAUAUUGUCACAGGGGUGAGGGGACAUAGUCUUUAUUUUCCACCUCGUCCUUUCUGUUGCUUUCAAGACCCUUCCUCAGCUCUAGGGGUGGGGAUUACAACUCACAUUCCUUAUCCUUCAGAAUUUGGCCCUAGCUGUUUGCCUUUGACCCCCUGACCUCCAGAGCCAGGGUCGUGCCUUACUGUCCCAUUUGUGGGCCUCAUUCUGCCAAAGUUGGACCAAGGCUCACCCUUUCUAAGCUCCCUAACUUGGACCAGAAACCAAAGCUGAGCUUUUAAUCUUUUCUCUCCUAAGAUGCAAAUGAACUGAGUGUAGGAGGGUAAACAUGACCCUUACCCUACCUCUGCCAAAAAGUGGGGCCAUACUGGGGACUGCUCAGACAGUCUUCGUGUUACUUUUCUGCCAGCUGUCCCCUGUAGUCACCAGGUCCAAGAUCUUACUGCCUCCUUUCUCUGGCCUCUUCCCUUAGGCUAGUUGGUUUGGAGUAGAAUGGCAACUAGUUCUAAUUUUUUAAUUUAUUAAACAUUCGGGGUUUUGGUUUUAAAGCCAGAAUUACAGCUAGCACCUGGCCUUUUAGCAGUGGGACCACUUCAAACCAAAAUGUACUGUUAAUGGUUUUUUAAUUAAAAUAUAUUAAAGAUUAAGUAAAACAUGG